AUGGCGAAUUUCGUGACCACUUUGUCACUGCUUCAUUUGCUAAGUGCUUUGCCAUGUUUGGUAUACGGUGUAAAUGUAUUGGCAGUUCUACCAAGUGUUUGGAAGUCACAUUACCUUUUUGGACGACGGCUUCUGCAACAAUUGGUGGAAACACAAACAAAUUAUUCGGUCACCUUGAUAAGUCCACACGCUCAGGAAUAUCCAGUACAAAAAAAUAUACGCGAGAUACAUAUUGAGGGACUGCUUGAAAAUUGGGAGGAAACGGGGUUGCCUUUCGAUGUAGAACAAGCGCGUCUAAGUUCAAUUUUAGAACAUUUUACGCGGCUAAUGUACGCUGGGGCAUCAAACGUAGAUAUACUGUUGGGUGAUGAAAAAUUUCGAAGACUUGUAAACAGCGGUGAAGAAUUCGACUUGCUGGUAGUGGAUCUCUUCCUAAGCGAUUCGCUAUUGUGCUUGGCGCAUUUCUAUCAAAUACCCACCGUAGUCAUUAGUCCUACAGGCGCAAAUACAUGGCUAAAUCAAAUGAUUGGAAAUCCGCAAAGCUCAGCACUAGAUCCUAGUAUUUUCUUGCCUUAUUCGGAGCGUAUGAAUAUUUGGCAACGAAGCGUUAAUACGCUAAUGGGUCUAUUCGAAAAGUUGACAUACAACUUUUUUUACAUGAUCUCACACGAAGCCGUUUAUAGAAAACACUUUCAAACGCUCAACCAUCUUGCCGAUACGAAUUUGCCACAUCACCGUGAUCUUACUAAAAAUCUCAGUCUUGUUUUGAUUAAUUCACAUCCUAUUGUACAAUAUCCGCGUGCCUACUUGCCAAAUGUUUUAGAGAUUGCUGGGGCACAUCUGCAUGGAGUACCGCAGCAAAUUGAACUGCCGGCGCAUAUUGCUUAUUUCAUAGAAACCGCACCAGCAGGUGCGGUGUACAUAAGCCUGGGCGCAGAUGCACGAACAGUCGACUUAGCACGUGAAAAGCUAGACGAACUUGUGGAUGUAAUGUCAUAUUUAACAAACUACAAUUUCCUUCUCAAAUGGGAAGACCGUAAAUUUUACACAGAUUUACCUAAAAAUGUCAUGAUAGCAGAUUGGUGGCCCCAGGAAGCCAUUUUAGCCCAUCUCAAAGUUAAGGUGUUUAUAAGCGCUUGUGGUCUCAUGAGUAUUAUUGAAUCGAUAAACGGUCUCACGCCGAUACUUGCCAUACCGAUUUUCCCCGAUCAGGAAGUCAACGCUAGGCGCUUAAAAAAACAGGGCAUUGCUCUGACACACUCAUUUGAUACCAUUGAGUUUACACCGAUAAUGAAUAAGAUAAUUGAAUUGGCAACAAAUCCCAACUAUGGCCUGCAAGUGACCGAAAAGCGAAAAUUGCUUAACUCCAACUUCGGCACACCCAUGGCGAGGAGUAUACAUUAUAUUGACUUGAUUUUAAAUAGUGCUGGCGGUGGUGAUUUUCUUAAAUCGCAUGCAAAUGAAUUAAACUUCAUGCGCGCAGAGCUAGUAGAUGUAUUAGCCAUAAUAUUUUUGGGUUUAUUUGUGAUUAUAGCAGUGCCAUUUAGCGUUACCUGUUGCAUUCUCCGCCGUUCGUACAUCAAUCAGACGGCCUUGAAAGCUCAAGUCGGUGUUCAACGUGCUACUUUAAGGGUCACUGGUCACACUAAUUCGACUAGUGGUGUAGCUGUAGUAAAUGAUUCCCCGGUGUUGGAUUGGCACAGGCGCAGUAGCGCCACAAAAGCUGCUGGUGUGUUGAAACCACCAUCAUCACCUUCGGCCUCAUCGACCACAUCAACUGUGUCGGCUGCAUCAACAGCAUCCUCUGCUGCAUCUUCAGUCAGGGGUUCUCCACGUCCGCGUAGUUCUGGCAGUGGCGCUGAUGGCAGUGGUGAUAGUGCAAUGAAACGCGAGAAGUUUGCGCGUCAAUCAGCUAUGAAAUCACCAUCACAAUAAGUUGAUUAAAAAAACAGGAUUUAUUAUGGAAGAAAUUACAAAGUUUACAUAAAUACAUCUAUACGUUUAAUAUAUAUUUAAGUUUAUGUUUAAAGUAUCCUCUGAGUAUUUCUCUUUUUGAUUUGUGGUAUUGCUUUCAUGCAUUUUAUUGCUAGUACUUAAGUUGUAGAUAAUUUAAGAUAAGGUGUUUUACUCAAUGGAAGGAAGGGGGAGAGAAAAAUAAAUGAUAAUUGUUUCAACAUGUUAUUCUUAGAGCUAGCGUGUAUUGUAUAAAUCUUGGUUUAUACAUAUAAGCAUUUUUUUAAGUUUUAAUCUCAUCAAUUUUACUCAUGCUUUCAAUAUCACAAAUGUAUUUUUUAUCCAAAUGUAAUGUGUGCUUUUUAAAUGUAUUACAAGUUAUUGUU